AUGCUCUUCCCCGAAGAAGACGAGGUGCACCUGAAAAGGUGGAUCGUGAAGCGGCUAGAAAAUACAUCAGAUGCCGACGCCGAUGUUCUGGCCGACUACGUCCUUGCCCUCUUGCGCACCAACGGCGAGGUUGAAGAAGUCCGCAGACUUUGCGAAACCGAAAUCCCAGAUUUCCUCAAAGAGGAUUCUUCGGUAUUCGUCCGCGAUGUUUUUCAGGCCAUCGCCUACAAAUCGUACCUGCCCGACGCCCCUUCCGUCCCGAAGCCCGCCCCUCCUCUGCCUGCCUUUGCCGCCCCUCCCGUCGCUUUUCCCACUAUCCAACCGCCCGGAUUAUCAUACGACGACGCGCCAGGCCAUCUCCCUCAGUUCCCUUCGUACACCGGUCAAUCGCGAAAACGGUCCUUCGACGGACGAGAUGAGACGGAUGGAAGAGAUGGCCAAUAUGGGGGCAGGGCACUAAAGCAACCUCGCCGGGGAGCCGGAUUUGGCCCUGGUGGCCGCGGAGGCAGGCCAGACGCUGGGAAUGGCUACCUCCCCGCGUAUCCGCCCUAUCCCGAGAACGGUCAGUUGCCCCCGGGCUUCCUGACGGGCAUGUCCGAGACGCUGGCAGCGUUGCAACAACAAAUGGGAUUGUCUGCGCCCCCUGGUUAUCCGGCCCCAGCUCAAGGUCAGAGAAGGCGAGCACGGUGCCGUGACUACGAGACAAAGGGAUACUGUUCACGCGGUAACACUUGCCUGUUCGAGCACGGGGACGACUCUAUUUACGUUCCUCCUCCCAGCACCUCGUUCGGUACACAAUAUGCGGCUCAACCGAAUCCAAUCGAGGAAUACGAUCCCACCAACCCUGGCAUCUUCACCUUGCCACCCAACCUCCCCCCUCAUCAGUCUAUUCAUCAGGAUGGGGUGCAUCCUUCCAGAAGCAGAGGAGGCAGACAACAGGGGCCGAAACGUCGCCCGAAAGCGCCCUUUUCUGCCGACGGCCCCGUAUUUGACCGCACCAAGUCAACCAUCGUGGUGGAAAACAUUCCAGAGGAGAACUUCGACGAGGAGCAGGUUCGCAGAUUUUUCUCCCAAUUUGGAAACAUCCUGGAGGUCUCCAUGCAGCCUUACAAGCGGCUGGCCAUUGUCAAGUAUGAUAAUUGGGCAUCGGCGAAUGCGGCUUACAAGUCACCAAAGGUGGUUUUCGACAACCGGUUCGUCAAGAUCUUCUGGUACAAGGAAGAAGACUCUUGUCUACCACCUUCUGUACCUCUAGGUGGAAGUUCCGAGAAGCAUGGUGAGGCAGGCGAAGACGAUUACUCAGCGGCUGUGCCCGAGAUAGACAUGGAGGAGUUUCUACGAAAACAAGAAGAGGCACAAAAGGCCCACGAGGAAAAGUUGCGAAAGCUGGAGGAAGUGGAACGCCAACGUGAGGAGCUUGAGAAGCGUCAGCAGGAGCUGCUUGCUAGGCAGCGCGAAGAGAAAGCCAAGCUGGAGGCCAAGCUGAAGUCCAAGCUGGGCGGUGGGAGUCAGCAGGGCGAUGGCAGUGAUGAUGGAUCUAAACCGAAGUCCAUUAGCGAGGCGCUGCGUGCCCAGCUUGCAGCUCUCGAGGCCGAGGCUAAGCAACUGGGCCUCGAUCCCGACGCUAUGGAUACGUCUUUUUCGACGUCCUCGUGGAACGCUAGGGGCGGAUACUACGGAAGGGGCGCGUUCAGAGGGGCGUAUAGAGCCAGAGGCUUUGCUCCGCGAGGAUACCGCGGCGCUCCAUUCCACGGUGGCGCUAGGGGUAAUCACCACGCUGCUUACGCAAUGUACUCCUUGGACAACCGACCGAAGAAGGUCACUCUUACCGGUGUGGAUUUCACCGACCCUGAGAAGGACGAGACGCUCAGGCAGUACCUCUUUGGCAUUGGCGAGUUCACCAACAUUCAAACCACCUCCUCAGCAACGGACAUCACCUUCACAGAUCGCAAGACAGCCGAGAAGUUUUUCAACGGUAUUUUGCUGAACGGCAAGGAAAUCCCCGGAAUCGAUGGUCAAAUCGAAGUGGCAUGGAACCCAAGCAGCGGCCCUGGCUCCAGUUCAAUGGCUAGUACCCCAGGCAGCAGCAGCAGCACGGGUGCCGGCGCGACCGUUCAGAAACCCCAUUCAGCGCUGUCCGCAGCGGCCAUGUCCUUCGUUCCCGGUGGCGGACCACAAGCGGGUGUCGGUGGUGAUGGUGAUAGUGCCAUGGGCGGCGCAGGAAGCGUCAGUGGUAGCGAUAAGGACGUUAACAUUGUGCUGGAAAGGAGCGGGAACCACAACGGUAAUGGGCUUCAUCAUAACAACCAACAUUAUGAGAGCCACAAGCAGGGAGACAUGGAUUAUGAUGUUGCCGAUGAGAAUCAGUGGGAAAUGUCCUAG